AUAAAUACGGUAGCUUGAGCGCCUAUUUCCCGACCUUGACGACUUUCCGUCAUCUAACAACCAUGCCAGAGCAGCUCACGUACUACGGCAGCAAGUAUAGCGUCUUCUCGAUAAGGGUAGCGAUAGCCCUUCAUGAGGCAAAGGCUCAUUACACGACCUGUGAUGUCGACUUUGAGAACAAACCAGACUGGUACGUCAAGUUUGUGAACCCAGCCGGGAAGGUCCCAGCAAUCACUUACGGCGGACCCUCCGUCCCGCCUGACCAGCCAUCACCCGAAUCUGCCAAGAUCGCGGAAUCAGUGAUCAUCCUCGAGUUCAUCGCCGACCUCUACCCGUCCUCUGGUCUCUUACCUUCUGACCCUGUCAAACGCGCCCAGGCGCGCUUCUUCAUCGAGACAUUCGGCUCCAAGUUUACCCCUGCGUUUCUUGGGUGGCUGCGAGGCUCCGAGUCUGGCGUGAGCGGGCUUGCCGACGGGAUCAAGGCGCUGCAAGUGUUGCUUCCUGAAGAAGGAAAGGGCCUGUACGCGAUCGGAGACGAAUUCACGAUUGUGGACGCGGCUGUGGCGCCCACAUGGGCGUUGAUCAGGCUCAUCGUGGACAAGGGCCUUGGACAGGAGCUGUACGGGCAGCGACUAGCUGCGACCAAGGAGGCGCUGGAAUCUCCGGAAUUGGCGAAGUUCACAGCUUAUGGGGAUCGUCUUCUCGAGCGGCCGAGCGUGAAAGAGGCGUGGUACGAGGAUCUUAUGACACGUUUCUUCGAGAGGAAGACUGCUAGUCUGCUCCAGAGCCGACAGUAAAGCUCCGAGUUCCAUCGGUAAGAGAUAACAUCUAUGUACAAUACUGGUGUAGGAAUUAGGUGGUCAAUCAGUUGGCGAUAUCUGUGAGAGAAGAGUGAACGCGCCGAUACAAUUACUCGCGAAACGUUGCGUCUGUGCGUCGCUCAUGUGUAACCCUAUUGUAGCCAAGACGCGUCCCAUGCACUAUCGUACCCUUGGCCUAUGGGCUG